CAUUUUUUCGAUGUAACAACAUUACCAAGACACUCCAGUUUGUGUUCGUCGGUGACGUGACGUCAUUCUAUGACCUCCACGCUGAUGCCAAGAUGUGAGAGUUUUGUGUGUUGAAUUGUUAGAGUCGUGCUAAAACGAUUGUUGAGUAGCGUUGAAUAUUUAGGUGGAUGGCAAUGAAUAUUUGGGUGGAUGGUAUUUAACAUUUUGGUGGAAGGCAUUUAACAUUUUGGUGGAAGGCAUUUAACAUUUUGGUGGAAGGCAUUUAACAUUUUGGUGGAAGACAUUUAACAUUUUGGUGGAUGGCAUUUAACAUUUUGGUGGAAGGCAUUUAACAUUUUGGUGGAAGGCAUUUAACAUUUUGGUGGAUGGCAUUUAACAUUUUGGUGGAUGCAUUUAACAUUUUGGUGGAUUGCAUUAGAAAUUGCUCUAGAAAUGUCAUAAAACGAAGUCAUCAUGUAAUAAAACCAGUUUUUAUUAACACUACAUUUAUAUUUUUAAACUUACAAAAUAAUCGCCUUGUACCGCAUUAAAUUGUUUGAAUACUUAGUUGUCUAACAUUUAUACUUUGCUAAAAUCGUAAGAUGUCUAACUUAUAAAUUUUUUCAAAGGAUUAAGUAAUAUAUUACCAAAAGAAACAUUAAUGUUUCUCAAGCUCAAACAUAAAUAUAUAUUUCUAAAGAUACAAAAGCCAUCGUUAAAAAACUUAAUGGUAAACAAUAAUUGACAAAAUUGUUUAGAUCAACUUGUGGCAUGAGAGCAGGAGCAUUCACUGGGAGUGGUGUUUUUGGUGACCCUUACAUUCUAGAGAUCAACCUGAGUAGUGGUCUACAAGCUCAACAGCCGGACUGUGGUGUCACGGUGAGUAAACAAUGGAUCUCUUGGUCAGUAAACAUGGAAUAUCUUGGUGAGUAAAUAUGGAAUAUCUUGGUGAGUAAACAUGGAAUGUCUUGGUGAGUAAACAUGGAAUCUCUUGGUGAGUAAACAUAGAAUAUCUUGGUGAGUAAACAUGGAAUCUCUUGGUGAGUAAACAUGGAAUAUCUCGUGAGUAAAUAUGGAAUCUCUUGGUGAGUAAACAUGGAAUAUCUCGUGAGUAAACAUGGAAUCUCUUGGUGAGUAAACAUGGACUCUCUUGGUGAGUAAACAUGGAAUAUCUCGUAAGUAAACAUGGAAUCUCUUGGUGAGUAAACAUGGAAUCUUUUGAUGAGUAAACAUGGAAUCUCUUGGUGAGUAAACAUGGAAUCUCUUGGUGAGUAAACAUGGAAUCUCUUGGUGAAUAAACAUGGAAUAUCUCUUGAGUAAACAUGGAAUCUCUUGGUGAGUAAAGAUGGAAUCUCUUUGUGAGUAUACUUGGCAUUAAUUAUUGAAAAUAAUGAUUGAAAAAAGUAGAAGUAUAAAAAACUGAAUCAUUGGUGUAAAAUUUCAAAUUGUAUUAAAUAUUAGGCAGAAAAAAAAUAUAUUAUUGAGAUUGUACACAUUAAUAGUAUAAAGCGUCGAAUAUUGGUUAGUACAAAAUUGAACUUAUUUUUUUUUUUUAGAAACAAUGUUAUUGUGAAAAACACUAAAAUUAUUCUCAGUAAAGGAAAUAUUCUCAUAAAAAAUAUGUUUAAAAAUAUAUUUUUUUCUAACGGUGAAUGAUAGUUAAAAGAAAAGAACCAUUUCAAUGUUUACUAAAGUCAUCACUCCCACCAAUGACGACAGAAUCCAGCAUAUUUAUUUUAUGACCAGGAGUCAUGCCGACGUUCGUCAACACUAAGAAAUGUUUGAAAUGAUGUCUUGACUUUGUCUUUAGGUUUCCUGUCUUUAAUAAAUGACAUAAUAAAACCAUAAGCUUUAAUGAAUGUUGUAAAUAAUUGAAUGGAAUAGAGCAGAAAUGGAUGUUAGAACAGUUUUUUACAGUUUAUUCCUUUGACAUUUUUCUGUAGCAAUCGGCGGACUCAACACUUAACUUGACCAUGGUCAAACAGAGGUCGUGUGACGGCACCACGGCCUCAGACCAGCGGUACACCAGUUCCUGUAAGAUUGUUAUACCAGCCCAAAACACCACAACGGUUUGUAAAUGUUCACCUUAUGGCCGGCAAAUGUUCAUGUCAUUGUUCAGGGAAUGUAACUGUUUGUUUUUUCUAAGAAGGGAGACAACUUGUACAUAGAAAGCUGCAUUUAUUAUUAUAGAUACUCUCUAAAAACGUAUUUAUUCAUGGUGAACUUAACUUCAAGGUCACUCAUCUUUUAGCCCAUUGAAAUAUAUUCUAAUCUUUCUAUCUGUAGUAUCUGCGUACAGUAGGGUUUGUCAUUUCUGACGCAGGAAAACCUCAAAUCGCAUUACGUAAUGUUACUAUUUUUAGAUAAUGUUUUUGUAAAAACAUAGCUUCUAACAAUGUAUUUCGGCAUAUAUAUAUAGCAGUUACAAAUGUGUUGUAAAAUCUUUCGAAAAUGAAGUUGUAAACACGUUUUGGUUAAGACCCAACAUGAACGUAAAAGUACCGAACAGCUGAUGAGAGAUUUGGCCAAACGGAACACCAGAAUGUUUUAUAAAUAGCCUAAUGAGAUUGGCCAGACUGCAAGCCCGGAUGUUCUAUUAAUAGAUUGUCGCCCUUAAAAGACAAACCCUAUAGAUGCAAACAUAAAGUUAAUGGCGUCAAGGUUGUAAAAACAAAUGGUAAAUAAAUGGGCUUAAUUGAGUCCACUGUUCUAUCAGAUAAACGGACAAGCAUCCUACUCCUGCAUUGCGCCAUCUACCAUCAAUUUCAAUUAUUACCGCCCUCUGCCGGAAGUUGUGGCCCCUGCAGACAUCUACGCCACAGGAAAGAGGUCAACUUGCUCUAAAUCUGCGGGGGUGGGCAGGGGUCAGGGCCUGGAGGGGAGUCCGUUCGAGACAAGGAUACAGGUGACGAAUACUCCAACGGAUUGUGGUGUGCAGGUAAGUCAUCAAUCAUUACCUGGUUAUGAAAUACUCUCUAAACUAAAAGCAAAAAUUUAGUGAGCAAAAAGGGGUGGGGAUGAAAAUUCAACAAUUUCUUUAAAAGUACAUCUAUUUGAAUAUAUAAUUAUGAUUAAUAGGUAGCCCAACUCUCUACUUUUAUGAUGACAAAAAAUAGUUUGAUUAAAUUAAAGCCUCAGACUAAUUGCCCUCCCACUCCACCAACCCUCCCCUUUUUACGACACAGUCUGGGUUACAGUUUCAUGCAGACGGGUCUGAUACGACAGAGUCUCCCAAUUCCCAUAGGAAACACUGGUUUGUCUUUUAAAACUCUUUGAGAGCAUUAAACACCAGCCCGCCUGUCUAGACGGGCUGUCAAUCAAACACUUAGCCCACUGUAUGCCAGAUAGGUUUAUCCACCUCUGCCAAUAACAAAGCUACUGACAGUCAGAGCUACUUGCUACACGCUUCUUUUCCAGCUCCAGCCUGUAGGGGCUCUAUUCCCAUUCACAGCUUAGGAGAUCUUGUGACAAAGCCCAUGAGAAGAUGGAUUUGUCCCGUGGUAGGAAUUACCCCAAAACAGCCGUUUCAUCGGCCUUACAACGGAUACAACUAUCCCCCGUGCCGAGGCAUUCAAACCACGAGCUGGUGACAGUGAGGACAGAACUUAACAUAGCCUCACGUAUCACCCUCAUAAUUUUAAUGCUAAACAUACAUUAAUUAAAAAUCGUGAUAUUCCUGUCUGACCCUGAUGCAUACAACAUAUUCUGAUCAACUCCUCUCGUAGAAUUUGGACGCGAUGGGAAUUUACGUGAAUUUAUUAAAUUAGUAAAAAGCCCAUAGCUGAGCAGUUAUAUCCGAGAGGGCAGCAGCAAAUGAAAUUGAAAGAUUCAGGUGGACAAAAAUCAGGUUUCUUUGCACCUUUCUUGGCAGCAAGCGAUGUUUUUGUGUUGAGUUUAGCUUGCGCAUUAUUUGCACCGGUGUAUUUUGUGUUUCUAUCAAGUUAAGUUAAAGAAGGAAAACUAUUUUUUUUAAAAACUAAUUAUUUUAUAGUUAUUUAUUUUAUCGCAAUACUAUUAUCCGGGGAAUAGGUGGUAAGGGGUGCGUGAAAUGUUUUGGAUUGGAGAGGAGUUCUUACCCCACGGAAAUGGAUAUGAUUAGUUCAUCUAUCCUCCAGAACACAGCGCCAGGAGUGUACAGCGUUGUCAUGUACAUCCAACAGUACACAUCUGUGCUGACACGAUUGGAUGAAGCUUUCUUGCUGACCUGUAAUUUCACGACCUCUUCCGUCAUCACCAUUCAAAGUCUGGUUGUUACAGCAUCAAAGUGAGUCCUAUAUCCACGGCCUGUAGGUUUUCUAUAUAUACGGCCUGUAGGUUUUCUAUAUUACGGCCUGUAGGUUUUCUAUAUUACGGCCUGUAGUUUUUUUGUAUUACGGCCUUGUGUGUUUACCUAUCUUCUUUUUAAAUUUAAAGUUGCACUUAAGCUUUGACCCAUUAUCUGUUUUGAUAAUGUCGUCACCAAGUAAAAGUCUGGCGUCCUACCAUUACCCACUUCUCCCGUGAUUUGGGAAAAGAUUGUUUACGUUCUGAUUUGUUCUGAAGAAUGCAGUUUCUAGAGUUUUGUUCUGAAGAGCUCUAUAUCCUUCCCUAUAAAUAAGCCGGCAGUUUUCCCAGCAGGGAGAGAUUUGUGCUUACUUCCGAGACACGAGACACAUUACGAGACUUAGAAUACUCAUAGGAGCCUUACCAGAUGUUAUUGUUUGUGUGUGUGUGUGAACAUAUAGAUUUGUAUUUUUCGAGCAUUAUACUUUUUCACUUGCUGUGCUGCAAGUUAAAACCGUUUUUAUUUCUGUACAAUUGUAUUUUUAUAUUAAUUUAAUAGUAUAAUUUAAUUGAAUAUUGCCAAUAUAACAAGCGUUGGUAUUGUUUUUAUUUGUGAACUGUUUGCAACCCUUUGUUAUGCAUUGUUCAUUUACCGAGCCAAAUUUUAAUGCUGAUUAAAUGAACAGAACCAUUUAACGGUGCGUGACACAACGAGCAGCCUAAUAUUUACUACGUUCAUUGCAUAGAUUAAUUUAAAAAAAAUAUAUAUUCUGAUGGGUUGAACUGAAAUUGUGCUUAGUUGCAACUGAAAUUAUCAUUGGUUGUAGCUAAAAUUGUGAUUGGUUGGAAAUGAAAUUGUAAUUGGCUGGAACUUAAAGUUUGAUUAGGCCUUUUGAGUUUCAUUGAAGUUCAUUAAAAGGAACUGACCUUUCGACCUUGACUUGCACUCCCCAGUUAUCCCCCAACUCAAUCCCCGCCCCAAAGGACGACAACUGCAUCUCUGUCUGUCGUGUCAGGUACUGGAACGGCCGGGUUAACCUCCCUUGUUGUUGGUGACCAGAUCCGCCUUGUGGCACAACUUCUAGACAGUCGUACGUAAUGUGUUUGUGUGUACCAGCUACAUUGUUCAGUUUGUUUGUAUGUACCACCUACAUUUGUCAAAGGGUUUCCAUGUACCUGCUGCAUUCGUCAAUGUGUUAGUAUGUACCAGUAACAUUUGUCAAUGUUUUAUAUGUACCAGCUACAUUUGUCAAUGUAUUUGUACGUACCAGCUACAUUCAUCAAUGUGUUAGUAUUUACCAGCUACGUUUGUAAAUGUGUUUGUAUGUACCAGCUACAGACGUACAUGCCCAUGUAUAUCCCAGCUAUAGUCUUUUACAUUUCACAUGUAAACAGCUGUUCUUAAACUUAACUUUGGUUCUUUAGUUUGCAUUUUAGAAGAAACAAUUAAAUAAACUACAUAAGUCUGAUAUACUACAUAAGUCUGAUAUACUACAUAAGUCUGAUAUACUACAUAAGUCUGAUAUACUACAUAAGUCUGAUAUACUACAUAAGUCUGAUAUACUACAUAAGUCUGAUAUACUACAUAAGUCUGAUAUACUACAUAAGUCUGAUAUACUACAUAAGUCUGAUAUACUACAUAAGUCUGAUAUACUACAUAAGUCUGAUAUACUACAUAAGUCUGAUAUACUACAUAAGUCUGAUAUACUACAUAAGUCUGAUAUACUACAUAAGUCUGAUAUACUACAUAAGUCUGAUAUACUACAUAAAUCGGAUUUACCACAUAAGUCUGAUUUAUUACAUAAGUAUAAUAUACCACAUAAAUCUGGCACAUUACUUAACUUGUCCUCUUAACCUGCUCAAGGUGAAGACAAAAAAACCAAUGAUCAUUAAUUAUACUAUAAAUGUUGCGUUAUUUUAGCUCUGCUAGUCUGACAUCAAUUGUAGCUCUGCUAGUCUGACAUCAAUUGUAGCUCUGCUAGUCUGACAUCAAUUGUAGCUCUGCUAGUCUGACAUCAAUUUUAGCUCUGCUAGUCUGACAUCAAUUUUAGCUCUGCUAGUCUGACAUCAAUUUUAGCUCUGCUAGUCUGACAUCAAUUUUAGCUCUGCUAGUCUGACAUCAAUUUUAGCUCUGCUAGUCUGACAUCAAUUUUAGCUCUGCUAGUCUGACAUCAAUUUUAGCUCUGCUAGUCUGACAUCAAUUGUAGCUCUGCUAGUCUGACAUCAAUUUUAGCUCUGCUAGUCUGACAUCAAUUGUAGCUCUGCUAGUCUCACAUCAACAAAUUUCCGGUGGAAAGCAUCGCCACCUGGUGUUAUUGUAAAAGUCGUCAUUAAACGAAUACCGCUAAUGUUGUAGUCUACAUGUACACAAAACAACGUAUCCAUGUUUGUGUCUCAGCUGCUGUGGGUCUGAGGAUCACGUCUUGUACUGCCAGCCCUGGUCCAGGCCUACUUCCGGUCAUUCAGGUUCUCAAUUCAAAAGGGCAAGUCAAUUUGUUUUAUAUUUUACUGCGAAUAAAAAGUGGCUAUUCUAUUCCCUCUUAAGGCAGUCUGUUUAUUGGGGAAACCUUUACUUGUCUGCCAUUAUUUGUCUGCUUUUCUUUGUCCGCCCUUGUUUGUCAACCUUCAUAUGUCUGCCUUUAAUUGUCUGCCUUAGUUUGUCUGCUUUGUUUGUCUGCCUUAACUUGUUUGAUAUACUUGUCUGCCUUUAUUUGUCUGCCUUCACUCACCAUGAAUUUUCUAUCGCUGCAUACUGGCAUAAAUGUACGUUAAUCGACCAGUUCAAUUCUUAUUGUCUAUUUAUGAUAAUAGUACUAUUUGUGAUCUGGAUAAGACAUGAACUAUUCAAGAUAAAACCACUAUAAAUUUCAGCAUGCGAUUGAUCAGAUCCAAUAAAUAGUACGCAAGGGAAAAUUUCGUCAUCUUGUUUUUCAAAAAACAUCUUUUUUUUUUUCAUGGUGUUUUGAGAAAGACUUGGUUUAUCCAUGGCUCAUAAUAACCCCUUGUACAGCAUCAUGGCUCAUUAUGGACCUUUGUACAGCAUCAUGACUCAUAAUGACCCCAUGUACAGACUCAUGGCUCAUUAUGGACCUAUACACAGCAUAAUGGUUCAUUAUGGACCACAUGCACAGUGUCAUGGGUCAUAAGUGUAGUUAUCACGAAUCUCACAGUUGGCCAUAAGUGCAGUUAUCACGAAUCUCACUGUUGGCCAUAAGUGUAGUUAUCACGAAUCUCACGGUUGGCCAUAAGUGUAGUUAUCACGAAUCUCACUGUUGGCCAUAAGUGUAGUUAUCACGAAUCUCACAGUUGGCCAUAAGUGCAGUUAUCACGAAUCUCACAGUUGGCCAUAAGUGCAGUUAUCACGAAUCUCACAGUUGGCCAUAAGUGUAGUUAUCACGAAUCUCACAGUUGGCCAUAAGUGUAGUUAUCACGAAUCUCACUGUUGGCCAUAAGUGUAGUUAUCACGAAUCUCACAGUUGGCCAUAAGUGCAGUUAUCACGAAUCUCACAGUUGGCCAUAAGUGUAGUUAUCACGAAUCUCACAGUUGGCCAUAAGUGUAGUUAUCACGAAUCUCACAGUUGGCCAUAAGUGCAGUUAUCACGAAUCUCACUGUUGGUCAUAAGUGUAGUUAUCACGAAUCUCACAGUUGGCCAUAAGUGCAGUUAUCAUGAAUCUCACAGUUGGCCAUAAGUGUAGUUAUCACGAAUCUCACAGUUGGCCAUAAGUGCAGUUAUCACGAAUCUCACAGUUGGCCAUAAGUGCAGAUAUCACGAAUCUCACAGUUGGCCAUAAGUGUAGUUAUCACGAAUCUCACAGUUGGCCAUAAGUUCAGUUAUCACGAAUCUCACAGUUGGCCAUAAGUGUAGAUAUCACGAAUCUCACGACCCAUUUACAGCCUAUUAACUUAUUGCUGGGAAAAUUACCUUUUAGCUGGAGUUUCAGUUCUGUUGAUUUGGCACAUAGUGUAGUUUCUAUCUACAUACAUUUAUACAUGAUGCAUUGCUUUACCUUAUGUGAUUAUGUGCAUUAACAAGAAUUCUUCAUGUAAAUGUGUAGUUCUAGUAUGUCUUAUGAUCAGUGCUCUAUUACAGGUGCUCAACUAGCCCAACCCUUGUGACCCCGUUCAUUGGUCAGUCUCCUACUGGGACGGUAGCAAUGACCAAUCUCUUCAGUGCUUUUAAAUUCGACCAGUCCAACACCGUGUACUUUCAAUGCCAGGCCUUUCUGUGUUACGACAGUGACCUGAGCUGUCUCGGGGUAGGUAGCUGUCCCGGAGUAAGUAGCUAUCUCGGGGUGAUUGUCUCGGGGUAAGUAGCUGUCUGAGAGUAAUUGUCUCGGGUAAGCAGCUGUCUCAGAUAAAUUGUCUCGGGUUAAGUAGCUGUCUGAGAGUAAUAUCUCGGGUAAGUAGCUGCCCCGGAGUAAGUAGCUAUCUCGGGGUGAUUGUCUCGGGUUAAGUAGCUGUCUGAGAGUAAUAUCUCGGGUAAGUAGCUGCCCCGGAGUAAGUAGCUAUCUCGGGGUAAUUGUCUCGGGGUAAGUAGCUGUCUGAGAGUAAUUGUCUCGGGUAAGUAGCUGUCUGAGAGUAAUUGUCUCGGGGUAGUAGCUGUCUCAGAGUAAUUGUCUUGGGGUAAGUAGCUGUCUCAGAGUAAUUGUCUAGGGUUAAGUAGCUGUCUGAGAGUAAUGUCUCGGGUAGUAGCUGCAUGAGAGUAAUUGUCUCGGGGUAAGUAGCUGUCUCAGAUUAAUUGUCUCGGGUUAAGUAGCUGUCUGAGAGUAAUUCUCGGUAAAGUAGCUGUCUCAGGGUAAAUAGCUGUCUCGGGGUAAGCAGCUUCCCGGAGUAAGUAGCUGUCUCGGGGUAAGUAGCUGUCUCAGAGUAAUUGUCUCGGGGUAAGUAGUUGUCUGAGAGUAAGUAACUGUCUCAGGGUAAGUAGCUGUCUCGGAAUAUGUAGCUGUCUAGGGUAAGUAGCUUUCUCAGAGUAAGUAGCUUAUCAGGGUAAUUAGCUUUUUCGGAGUAAGUAUUUGUCUCGGGGUAAGUAGAUAUCUUCGGGUAAGUAGAUGUCUCAUAGUAAGUAGUUUUCUCGAUGUAAGUAGCUGUUUCAGAGUAAGUAGCUGUCUCAGGGUAAGUAUGUGUCUCUGGUUAUGACUAUGUUUUGAUGUAAAUUAAUAUCUCGUGGUAUCGAUGUCGAUUAAGUAACUGCCUCGAAAUUAUUGUCUCGGGGUAAGUAACUGUCUUGGGGCUAGUACUGUCUUGGGGUAAGUAACUGCCUCAGGGUAAGUAUAUGUCUUGGGUAAGUAACUGUUUCGGGGUAAGUUACUGUGUCUGAACCAGUAAAAAAAAGUACAGGGAAAUAUAGGGGUCAAGAUGGGGGGCAAAGAUAGGGGGCAAAGAUAGGGGGCAAAGAUAGGGGGCAAAGAUAGGGGGCAAAGAUAGGGGGCAAAGAUAGGGGGCAAAGAUAGGGGGCAAAGAUAGGGGGCAAAGAUAGGGGGCAAAGAUAGGGGGCAAAGAUAGGGGGCAAAGAUAGGGGGCAAAGAUAGGGGGCAAAGAGUUAACACAAGAGUUUGGUGUUUGGAGGUUGGGGCACUCUUCGCUUGUUAAGAUCAAAUGCUUAUUUUGAUGAAUAUUUAGCUAAUUUUCAAUGUACAUUGAUUAAGUAUUAAUUAAUUCAGAUAAUUGAAUGAUUGCUGACCCUGGUUUUGAUAUUUCCAGAACCACUGCACCGUAAACGCCCGACGUAGGCGUGAGGCGCCCCUAACAACUGUUGAGGUGUUGGGCGUGGCCGUCGUUGUGGUGGAGAAUGUCAACAGUACAGGUCCGAGAGGUUGGUCUGAGACGAAAUAAAACUUAUAACCUGCUGUUGUAACACCUACCAGGCAAUAUAUGUAACCAACUGUUGUAACACCUACCAGGCAAUAUGUGACCCACUGUUGUAGCACCUACCAGACAUUAUGUGACCUGGUGUUGUAAAACCCACCAGGCAAUAUGUGACCUACUGUUGUAACACCCACCAGGCAAUAUGUUACCUACUGUUGUAACACCUACCAGGCAAUAUAUGUGACCAACUGUUGUAACACCUACCAGGCAAUAUGUGACCCACUGUUGUAACACCUACCAGGCAAUAUGUGGCCUGGUGUUCUAAAACCCAUUAGGCAAUAUGUGACCUACUGUUGUAACACCCACCAGGCAAUAUGUGACCUAUUGUUGUAACACCUACCAGGCAAUAUGUGACCUACUGUUGUAACACCUAUCAGGCAAUAUGUGACCCACUGUUGUAACACAGACAGUCUGUUGUACUAUCAGGCAACAUGAUAUACUGUUUUAACACCUAUUAUAUGUAGUACUACCAGGCAGAGACGUAGCGAGGGUCUUUGGCGCCCGGGGACAAGAUUCGCGGCCGGGGACAAGAUCCAUUUUAAAGCGCCCCCUUUUCUUUUUUUCAACUCUCAAACCCAUAAUUUUUACCAAUAAUAAAAUAUCAAAGCACAUUUUAGCGCCCCUAACUAGCCUGCGCCCGGGGAAUCUGUCCCCCCUGCCCCCCUCUCACUACGCCUCUGCUACCAGGCAAUAUAUGACCUACUGUUGUAACACAGAAAGUUUGUAGUACUGUCAGGCAACAUAUGACCUACUGCUGUGACACCGGUAGAUUGUGGUAGAUCUAGAUCUACUACCAGGCAACAGUUUUCAGCUAACGAUGAAAUUAGUGCGGGGAAUUAAAUGUUUACAAACAUUCGCUUUCAAUUUUCAUGACUACUUUAAUGCUAAUUUCUUGUUCGAUGGUUUGGUUUGAAAAUAAAACGAGUUAAUUUAUUGGCGUUAGGUUGCAUGACUUUAUGAAAUUAUACGGUUACGUUUAUAUGUUUUGAUCAAUUUAUUCAAACGUUUAUGUUUUGAUCAAUUUAUACCAACGUUUAUGUUUCUUAAUCCAUUUAUACAAAGUUACGUAUAUGUUUUUGAUCCAUUUAUACAAAGUUACGUUUAUAUGUUUUGAUCAAUUUAUACAAAGUUACGUUUAUAUGUUUUGAUCAAUUUAUACCAACGUUUAUGUUUCUUAAUCCAUUUAUACAAAGUUACGUUUAUAUGUUUUGAUCAAUUUAUACAAACGUUUAUGUUUCUUAAUCCAUUUAUACAAAGUUUCGUUUAUGUUUUUGAUCCAUUUAUACAAGUUACGUUUAUAUGUUUUGAUCAAUUCAUACCAACGUUUAUGUUUCUUAAUCCAUUUAUACAAAUUUACGUUUAUGUUUCUUAAUCCAUUUAUACAAAGUUACGUUUAUAUGUUUUGAUCAAUUUAUACAAACGUUUAUGUUUCUUAAUCCAUUUAUACAAAGUUACGCUUAUGUUUUUGAUCCAUUUAUACAAAGUUACGUCUAUAUGUUUUGAUCCAUUUAUACAAAGGUACGUUUAUAUGUUUUGAUCAAUUUAUACAACGAUCCGUUUAUGUUUUUUACCAAUUUAUCUUUAAUGCUUUUGUUUAGUCGACUCUGAAGACUGUGUUACCAACCUUGAUCCUUAUUUGGUCUCCUCAGAUACGAAAGACAACAGCCACAUCGUUGGCGUGUCUGCAACGGACCAGAGUCUUAGCGUCAACACACAUCCACCUGUCCUUCCACCGUCAUCUCCCUCCACCUGGCCACUGUCGGCCAUUGUCUCAGUGGCCGUCCUGGCCACCGUGCUGGCGGUCAGUUGUAUCGGAAGUGCUGGUCUCGUGCUGGCGCGCAGACGUGACAAGAUGGCGUGAGAGGCAGCGAGGGCUCCCGAUAUCACCUCAAGCCUGGGGUCAGUAUCAGGGCUGAGGAGAGCAAGAUGCGAGUUCGACUAUGUACCCAUUCACAUCCUGGCCAAUUCUACGCCUCUGACUGCACACUCCGUCAAUGAUAACAUUACACAUUUGUUCUCUCAUAUAAACAUUAAUUAUGUACAGAGUUAAACAUUAAAAGAAAAAACUGGA